AUGUUGAAUGGUAAAGGACAUAGAGAAAAAUCAGAUGACACCUCACUCCAGUUUAAUAAAGAAUUCAUUGAACUCCAGCUGAAUCGGCAACUUAAAAACAUGACAGAGCUAUGUCAGCCUCUGAUGAUGGUCAUGAGAGGUGGUGGCAAUACAAAUUGGAUAAUGGUGAUGGCUUCGGCACUGACCAUGUUUUGGGCCAAUGCAAAGAACACACAAGGUCACUGCUUACCUGGAGAGAAACACAAAGCCAAUCCAAGUGCAGAAGAAGAACUGGGUGUCUGCCAGAUUUAUGCAGAAAAUGCCUGCUGCUCACCAGAAGUUGCCCAGGAACUUUCCAAAGCCAAUGCUGGAUCCUGGAAUCGCUGUGGAAGCCUCAGCAAUAGUUGUGAAGAGUACUUUCAGCAACUGGAUUGUUUUUACCACUGCUCCCCCAUUGCUGCUGAAUGGCCUCAUCCUCGACAACCCAUAGCCUUGAUGGCUGUGCCUCUCUGCCAGAGUUUCUGUGACCAAUGGUACGAUGCUUGCAGAGAGGAUCUGACCUGCCCUGGCAACUGGCCCGGAGGAGCUGAUGAACAUAACUGCAGUCAGGAAUGUCAUUCCUUUGGCCAGAUGUAUAAGGAUGGCAAGGAGCUGUGUGAGAACAUCUGGGACGAUGCUUUCAUAGUAAGCACCGACCUUUGCCAAUGCCUGAUGCUGGAUGCCUCUGACACAGCCUUCUCUUAUUCUCACCUCAAAGACAGCAACAGCCUAAAAGAGGUAGGCAUCAACAAGGCACGCAAGGAAAGAAAAGAUCGUGUGAGCCCUUGCAGGGGCAAUCUUUUACUUCAGCGUCUGAGAAGGAAUCUGCAGAAACGUUCUAUUUUCGUGGAAGACAUGGAGGGGAGUGGAAGUGGAUUCUAA